AGAACUCGUCUCACUUUUUUUUUGUUCGGUAUUUUGCGAUCAACAAAAAGCUUUCUCUCUCACACACGCAAUUGCACACAUUUCUGAACGUCGUAGACACAUCGUCUUCAAUCUACGAUUUAGUAGUGCUCAGCCAUUCAAGCCAAUCAUAACAAAUAAUAAGACGCGGUAACAUAACAAACAAAUCGGCAACAACACGACGUGCAUUUCGUACGUAGCAAAAAAUAUCAAGAGAUAACAUUGGAUGAUGAAUUCAAUAAAACAAUUUUCCAGCCACUCAAAUAACAAAUCGGCGACACAAUGUCUACGCUGGUGUGGUGGCGUCAGCGGCUGCAGCUGGUGGUGGUUAGUUUGUAUAAUAUGGUGCUUACAAACGGUGAAUGCAGCGAAUAUAACGUGUGAAUUAUGUGAAAAUGAAAACUAUCAAAUUGAAAUCGAUGCUUGCUAUGUGACCAAGCCAAUAACAUUAGUCAAGGAUGAGCCAUUAAUAUUCACCGUAACGAGUACAAGUGCAUCGAAUAUAACGUCUGUUCUAUUUACACCAAAGAACGGUCAAUUACAAUCGAACAUUACGGAAGUGCCACGGGAAAUAUUUCGCAUAUUUCCGCAACUACGCAAAUUGGAGAUUCGAGGCAAUGUACAAAGUAUAAGCAGUGAUGAUUUUACGGAUGCAAAAAAUCUACGCCAUUUAACAUUGAACAAUCAAUUGGAAUGCCUGUCGAGCCAUGUAUUUACGUACGCAUCGAAUUUGUCCAGCAUAACAUUAUCACGGAAUCGUAUUAGCCGCAUCGAAGACAAUGCAUUCGAUGGUUUGUUUGUAUUGGAACAAUUAACGCUAUCAAAAAAUGAGUUAAAAUCGUUGAGUCGCUUAAUGUUUGCCGGCCUCACAAAAUUGAAUUAUUUGAAUUUACGCGAUAAUGAUAUCGAUACCAUUGAAGAUGGAACAUUCGAUUUACCCGAACUUAGUGAGUUGAUUUUAUCGAAAAAUCAUCUGAAAACGUUGUCCGAUCACAUUUUUCAGGGUGCACCAUUGUUGCAACGCUUGACCAUCGAUAAUAAUAAUUUGGAAACGAUUGGUAGAUCCAUGUACAAUUUGAAGCACGCAAAUCGAAUUAUUAUGUAUCAGAAUAAAAUUCGGGACAUUGAUAUUAUUGAAUUUGCAAAAUUACCCGAAUUAUGUGCAUUAUGGUUGCGUGACAGUGGAUUCACAUUUCGCAAUCGAACGAUCGACCAAUACCAACCAUCCAAUUCAAAAGUUAAUUACCUCGACAUAUCGUACAAUCACCUAUCCGAUCCAAACGAUUUACAACGCUUGCAAAUUUUCAAAGAACUAAAAACCAUUACGCUCGACGACAACGAAUAUGUACACAUUGAAUUGGGAAAUCAAACCAUUCAUGAAAUAUUUCCCGUGCUAGAAACAUUUCACAUGUCACGAAAUAAGUGGAAUUGCACUUGGCUAAAACCGGUCGUUGAACAAGCAACAAAGGAUCGAAUACGAACGGUUCUUAAUACAGCGGAAUGCGAGUAAUUUACUUUGAUUGAUAAGAUGCAGAUGGGAGACCGCAAAAUUAAAAGAAAAUAAAAAAGAAAAUACCAAACGUUCACUCGAGUGAAGAAAUUGAGUGAAUAUAUACAUUAAUAAGACGAAAAUCGGAUAUUGUGUGUGUGUGUGUGUGUGUCGUUGACUGUGCAUGUGUGGCGUGAUUGUGUGUGUGAAUGUUGGUUUUUGUGCCUCAAUUAUAUUAAUGUGCAUUUUUGGAUUAGGAAAUUUUAGUCGAUUUAACAUUUAUAUAAUAGCGUCGAAUUUUUCUAUUCUCUAUUCAUUUUGUAUACUUACGCUUAGAUUUUUAGAAACAUGAUAAGAGAGACUUUACGAAACUUUUGUACGACUUUCAGCUAAUAUAGUAUGUAAUUCAUUUUGUGUGUACGGUGAAGACAUUUAGUGAAGCAAAUUUAUCAAUUCAUCAGAAAAUUAAUCACUCGAGUGAAAUAUAUAAACAAUUCAUUUUUGAGAUGUAAUUGCUUGCAUUUUUCAAAUCCGGAUUUCUAAACAAAAAACAUCUCUUGUCGGUCAACUGAUUUUUUAUGGUAUUUGAAAUAUCGGAUAUGACACCAUUUCAUGUAACCAUUUCAUCAAAUGUGUGCCAACGAACGACAAAGAAAAAUGUUCGACAAAUAUUCGGACUGAACAAAAUUUUUUUUCUUAUUUAAAGUGAUUACAUCAGCAUCAACGGAAGAAACACUUAUCAGCGAUUAGUUCAAUAAACUCCCCUCGUUUCUUAGAUGAAAAGAAAAAAAAAUUCUGAAGCGCUUUAGAGAAUCUAUCAAUAUCAAUUUUAUUUUGUGUGAUCAUUUACUCAUACUCGCAUUAAGCUUAUAUUUGCCAUGAGAAAAACGAGAAUCGCUUAUAUAUUAUCGUAUGUAGAUUAAACCAAAAAUAUUGUAAUAAAACGAGCACCAUUUUUGCUGUGUGUUGA